UUCGUCGCGAUGCGCGCUACUGCUUGGUGGUUGAUUUGGCAGUUGGCUGUUGCCACGAUCGCGGGCGAUCGUGAACAGUUUAAGUACGGAGUAGACGACGAGGACGCGGAACUGACCGUCCCGGAAGUGAUCAUCAAGUACGGGUACAAGGUUGACGAUCACACGGUGAUCACCGAGGAUGGGUACGUGCUGAAGAUGUUUCGGAUAUUGCCGAAGCAACAAACGAUCGUUAGGAGGAAGCCUGUUCUGUUGGUUCAUGGAAUUUGGAAUAGUUCGGCGAACUUUGUGCUCAAUGGUUCCAGCAGUUUUGCGUUCCUGCUGGCCCUAGCUGGAUACGACGUGUGGUUGGCGAAUCUCCGAGGAACGCGUUAUUCAAACGAGCAUAUCAAGAUACCGGGUAACUCAAAAGAGUACUGGAACUUUUCCUGUCACGAGAUUGGGUAUUACGAUCUACCGGCUAUGAUCGACCACGUGGUGAUGGUAUCCGAUUCGGAGACGGUAUUCUACGUUGGUUACUCGCAAGGAACUACCGUGUACUUUAUCAUGACCAGCACUCGUCCGGAGUAUAACAACAAAAUCGCCCUCAUGAUUGCUAUUACUCCAGCAAAUUUGUGGAAGCGCCUUCGAAAUCCAGCACUGAGGAUCGUACAGUCUCUUUUCCAACCCGGUACCAAUACGAUCCUGAUGUUCACGGAUGUGCUGAACGUCUUCCAGUUCUUACCGUAUAACGGAAAUUUUCUUCGAAUUGGACGGUUGCUCUGUCAUCCGGAUGUGAAGAAUAACUUGUGUCUCCAAUUGAUUGUAUUGGUCGCCGGUCACCAUCUGGAAGGAUCGAAUCCGCGAUCGGCACUAACAUAUCUAGGUCACUACCCACAAGGUACCCCCGUCAAGCAAGUGCUACACAUUGCUCAGUUAAUCAGCAACGGAGGAAAGUUCCGACAGUUCGACUAUGGCCACGACGGUAACCUGGAAAAGUACGGCAGUUGGGAACCUCCGGCGUACAAUCUAACGGCAUCAACAGCUCCAGUCGUAAUUUAUUAUGGCCUGAACGACUUGUUGGUUCAUCCCAGGGAUGUCCAAGAGCUGUCCCGAAUGCUUCCACAUGUAAUCGCCACAAUUCCCAUUGCCGACCGGAAGUUCAACCACGUGGACUUUUUGUUGGCGAAGAAUGUUCGUGAGGUGCUUUAUGAUAAGAUUGUACAAACGCUGGAGGAGUUCAGUGCAAAAUAAAAAUACCUGUUCCCAAGAC